AUGGAUACACAUACCACAGUGAAGGAAGAACAGACUGAUGAAGAUGAGAAUCAUGAUGAUUUUGUUCCUUCAGGUAAACUGUUGAACUGCAAUAACAUGGAGAUAAAAACAGAACCCAAAUCAGAGGAAGAUCAAACUGAUGAAGAUGAUGACUUUAGACCCUCAGUGGACACUGAUGUAGUUUCAGAUGUGCUGGAGGUUCUUGUUAACGCUGUUGUGUUUGUUUCAGAUGAGAGCGGUGAUUCAUGUUGUGAUGGAGAAACGGCCUCUACAUCAAAACAGCGACUGACAGCACAAACUCUUUCCUGCAUCACCUGUGGAAAGACAUUCAGUUCACAGAGACGUUUAGAGACACAUGAGAGAAAACACACAGAACAGAAACUCUUCACCUGCACCAGAUGUGACAUCAGCUUUCCUACCUUACAAGAGAAGAAACUUCAUUCACAAGAGCACAGAGACCAGAAACACUUUCACUGUCAGCAGUGUGGGAGAGCUUGUGUCUCGUCUUCUACUCUGAACGCUCACAUGAGGACACACACUGGAGAAAAACCUUUCCACUGCAGUCAAUGUGACAAAUAUUUCAGCACCAAAUCAAAUCUUGUUGCUCAUCAGAGAAUUCACACGGGAGAAAAAAUGCACAAGUGUCUUCAAUGUGACAAGAGAUUUUACCAUUCAUCUGAUGUUAAGAUACACAUGCGUUCACACACCGAUGAGAGACCGUAUCAGUGCAGUGAAUGUGGAAAAACCUUCAGGCAGUUAUUUGCUUUGAAGUCACACCUUAAAAUACACUCUGAGGAGAAACUCUAUCAGUGUUCACACUGUGAUAAACGCUUCCGUCAUAAAUCUCAGCUGAUAACUCAUGAGAGAACUCACACUGGAGAGAAACCAUAUGUCUGCUCUCACUGUGGAAAGAGAUUUUCUGAUCAACGUCAUUUCAGAGUUCAUCAGAGAAUUCACACUGGAGAGAAACCUCAUCACUGCAGUGUUUGUGGGAAGAGUUUCACUCGACACGACACUUUAGUGAAUCACAAGAGAACUCAUACAGGUGAAAGACUCUAUAAAUGUUCUCAGUGUGACAAGACGUUUGCUCGAUCAGAUGUCUUGAGAAUCCAUGAGAGAGUUCACACUGGAGAGAAACCUUAUCACUGCUCCAUCUGUGGAGAGAGAUUCACUUAUUUAGGAAGUUUUAAUUCUCAUCAGAAGAAACAUGCUGAAGAACAAACGGCACUGGAAUCAUAGUAGCGUCUUUUUCGUAUUUUUAUAAACGGUGUCUGUAAUCUGGAAUAAUUGUAGCCUACUAUUGUAGUAAAUUCCUUUGUUUUUGUGAAAUUAAUUUUCUGUAGUCUGUGGAGUGAAUCGUCAGUUUGAUUGGGGCAGGUAGGGUCUUACACUUCAAGUCAUGGUUUUUGUCAUGUAUUAAUGAAUAGAACUGAACUUGUGUUGUGUGUCAUCAGUUUAAUUAUCCACUUCUUCAUGAGUACGUCUGUAAGAUGUCUGCUAAAGAUCUGGAAAACAUCUUCUGUGUAAAAAUAUCUGCUAAACGUAGAAAGAGCAGUUUUACAUCCAUUCAAAAUCUUAAACAUCUUGCAGACAUCUUUUAGAUGUCUAUAUGACAUCUGACAGCAGACGUCUCAGAGACAUUCCAGAUGAGCAAAAAAUAAAAAUACGUCUUGCAGAUGUAAAUGCAGACAUUAAAUAGACAUCUUCCAGAUGUAUGUGUGCUGUCAGGGUUGUCUACCUUGUGAGAACCUUGUUGUUUUGGGGUUUUUGCAGGUGCUUUGUUGUUACAUUGAAUAGAAAAUGUGACGUUUAUUUUUGAAUAUUGUUGAAACUAAACUGCACAACACUUUGUAUGUAACGCAGUAAAUUUUCAUUUAUUCGUUUUGUAGACUGACUUACAAAUGAGGGGAGAUUCUGUAUUGUGUCUUAGGAGCCAACAAUACACAAAACUGUGUGUACAGGUAUGAAUAGUAAAGAAGAAGAGGAAACAUUUUAUGAAACAAUAGAUUGUUAGUGAAGUAAACUUAAACAGUGGAAAGUUUAGCAUUCUUGAGUAAAAGCAAAAGGUGUCUUAUUUAUUUACAUGUUUUGAUCAUGUUUGAUAUAAAGUUUUCCUGUUUUUAUCA